AUGGCUCUCGGCGAUGUCGAGUGGACCCAAAUAGACCAAUGCAUCGUCUCUUGGCUCUACACCACGGUCUCCAAAGAUAUCCUCGAGAUCAUCAUCCAGCCCUCCGACACCGCCGCCAACGCUUGGACUGUCAUCACCGACCUCUUCCGCGACAAUCGUCUUCAACGGUCCAUGUUCGCCAAGCGUGACUUCCUCAACCUCGUCCAAGGCGACCUCUCCGUCACCGCCUUCGCGAGCCGCCUCAAGUGCAUCUCCGACACUCUUCGCGACGUGGGCACUCCGGUCACGGACCAGGACAUGCUCACGACCUUCCUCAACGGGCUGAACGGCGAAUUUGGCCACUGCAUCGCCGCCCUCUCCAUCAACCCUGCUGGACUGACUUUCGCCCGUGCUCGUGGCGCUCUUUUGCAGGAGGAAAGACGUCUUGCGCGCCAUGCCCAGCAGGUCCAGGCGACCGCCCUCGUCGCCAACUGCUUCUCUCCCUACUUCUUCUUUUCAACUUUCAUUACGUGA